AUGUUCACGACUAAUACUGUACAAACCGGCAGUGUGCCUACACUGCAAUAUCAAGAACAUCCAUCACAAAAAUCACAAGGAAAAAAUAUUGAAAAUGUACAAAAGAGUGCACAACAAACGCAGCAAACCCAACAACAGGAAUUUCCUACAUUUUGCUAUACAACAAAUGUUAAUAUGAUAGGAAAAAUUAAUACUGGUACUGCCAGCGGUACUGGUGGAGUCAACAUAGCACAACUUACAACUAGUGAUGAUAAAACUUGCUAUAUAGCUCAACCAUUCUCUUAUAAUUAUGCACUGGUUAAUCAAAUGCAAAUUGCACCAAAUGGAAUACAAAAUACUAUAUCAAAUAUAAGUUUUAAAUGCGAUGUUUGUGGCCUAAUGUUUGGACAUUUGACUCUCCUUAAUGCACAUAAAAGAAUACAUGCCCAAGAUACAGAUAGCAACAUAACAGUGGUGGCAACAGGUGUGAGCACUGCUAAUGAAGUGGCAAUGCCUCCGCAUAUACAAAUUCUGUCAUCUGACCCAACAGACCAGCAGCAGCAUCAUGUACAGGUUCAAGAUACAAAACCAGUUAUAAUAGAUAAAGUUCAAAAAUGCAUAACAUGUGGCGGUCCAAUCAAUAAUAAUCCCAAGAGAAAAGGUCCCAAGCUUAUACGCUGUGAAAAUUGCAUAGCACAAGAUUCAGUAGAUCAACAGCAAAGAAAUAACCAGAUGAAUACAACACAAAUUUUGGUGGCCUCUGAUGAAAACGUAAAAUUUGAAGUAGGCAGUGUGAGCACAGUGCAACCUACCACUGAUCCAUUAUCACUCACACAGUCAAACCAUCAGCCACAGCAACCACCAAAGCCUUUACCAGGCCAUCAUCCUGUAAAGAAAAGGACAUUAGCAUCUGUCACAAAAUGUCAAAACUGUAAUGGUUCUGGUAUAAUAUUCAUAGGCGGUAAUAAAAACAAGCAUAAUCAACCAGAUAUGGAUAAACGUUUUCACUGCAACAUAUGUGGAGGAUCCUUUUCCAGAUACUCAUCACUUUGGUCUCACAAAAAGUUACAUUCCGGAGAAAAGAAUUUUAAAUGCGGCAUUUGUGGGAUUGCAUUUGCUAAAGCUGUUUAUCUUAAAAAUCAUUCUCGAAUACAUACAGGAGAAAAGCCUUACAGAUGUAGUACAUGCGGAAUGCAGUUUUCUCAGUCUCCACAUCUGAAAAAUCACGAAAGAACACAUUCAGGGGAAAAACCGUAUGUUUGUGAGGUAUGUGACAAAGGUUUUGCGAGACAUGCAACAUUAUGGAAUCAUCGUCGCAUUCAUACUGGAGAGAAACCAUACAAGUGCGAAACGUGUGGCUCAGCGUUCAGCCAAGCUGCACAUCUUAAGAACCAUGCUAAAGUACACUCUGGAGAGAAGCCAUUCAAAUGUGACAUUUGUACCGCCGCAUUCGCUGACCGCUUCGCUCUCAAAAGGCAUAGAGGCAUCCAUGAUAAAUAUGGACAAACAGCACCAUUGCCUUCAAGAAUUCAACAAAGUCAGCAAGAGCAGCAGCAGCAACAACAACAACAGCAACAACCUCAACCUCAAGGAAAUCAACAGCAGACCAGUGAACAACAAACCACACAGCCUGCGGUUGAAAUCGAAAUCCGCCCAGAACAGACUCUUUGA